AUGUCAUUAAUACGAUUUAAUAAUUUAUAUAAAACCAAUUUAUCAAAACAAUUAUUAACUAGAUCAAUAUUAACUAGAUCAAUAUUAGCAGCAAAAUGUUAUCAAUAUAGAGAUUUCCACGAUAGUAUAAAAUCCAACAAUACAACAACAUCACCAUCGUCAAAUCAAUCAAUUAUACCACAAUUAAAUCAACCAACAUCUCCUUCAUCAGUUAUAGAAACUCCAUUAACUCAACAACCAAAACCAUCAUCGAUUGAAUAUUUAUCUGAUUUCAAUAAUUUGGAAAUCAUUUCGUUUUUCAUGAUUGGUUUGUGCACUUUAAAUAAACCAAUUCUUAACCUUUGUAUCAAAUUAUUUCCAUAUGUUCCAAUUUCAAUUAUUAAGAAAUUAGUUUAUAGAAUUUAUUGCGGUGGUGAAACAAUUGGCGAAGUUAAACAAACUGGAUUAAGAUUACAUGAUCGUGGAAUUAAUAAUAUGAUGAUUUCAUUAACAAUUGAAGAUUGUGAAGGAAAUGGUGAAAGUCAAAUAGAUACAGAUUAUAUUGUAAGUGAAACUUCGAAAUCAAUUGAGAAAAUUUUGGUGCCACAUACUUUAGAAAUGAUAAAUCAAGCUGCUGAUAUUAAUGAUAUUCCUCCUGGUUAUGUUGCUUUAAAAUCAACAGGAUUUGAUAAGAAUGCAGCUGCAACUUUAAAAGAUUUUAACACUUCAAAAAAAGCUGAAUUUGAUUCAUUGGUUGAAAAAAUCUCGUCUGUUUGUCAAACAAUCUACGACUCAAAUGAAAAAUUAUUCAAGAAAUAUAAUGAUAGAACAUCUCCUUUUGUUGUUGGUGUAAUUGAUGCUGAAAAAUUUGAAUUACAAGAAGGUGUAUACGAAUUACAAAGAAGAUUAUAUGAAAAAUUUAACCCCUUGAAUAAACCAAUUAGUAUAGUUGGAACAUUACAAAUGUAUUUAUCUAAUUCAGCGUCAUUGUUAACAUUUGAAGAAAAAUUUGCAAAUGAAAAAGGAUAUAGACUUGGUUUGAAAUUAGUUCGUGGGGCUUAUUUACAUUCUGAAAAGAAUAGAGAUGAGGUAAUCCAUAAGACUAAAACAGAUACAGAUGUAAAUUACAAUAAAGGAAUUUCAUAUUGUAUUGAUUCAAUUUUAAAUCAAAAGGGAAAUGAAUCAAUUAUUGGUCACUUAGUUGUGGCUUCUCAUAAUUCAGAAAGUUUAAAAUUGGCAAGUAAUAAAAUUUUUAAUGAAUCUACAAUUGGAAAUAAUAAUAAAUUAAAUGUUGUUCUUGGUCAAUUAUUAGGUAUGGCUGAUUCAGUCACUUAUGAUUUAAUUAAAAAUUUAAAAAUUAAUAAUGUUAUUAAAUAUGUUGCUUGGGGUCCUCCAUUUGAAACAAAACAAUAUUUAUUAAGAAGAUUAGAAGAAAAUGGUGAUGCUGUAAAGAAUGAUAAUGGUUGGCCAUUGGUUAAAGCUUCAACUGCUAUUUUAUUCAAAAGAUUAUUAGGUAGAGCUUGA